UGUGCGUCUGAGCGCCAGAGAGCCAGAGCACCGGGCCCCAUCUGCGCCUCAGUCUCAGUCCGCCUUCAUCCGUUCCGUCCGCCCUGACACACACACGCACACGCACGCACACAAGCACGCACACAGAGGAUCUGCAGCCCGGCGGCGGCACCGAGGGGAGGGGACAUGUACUGAUACUGAACGGACCGGGAGCGCAGCGGCACCACAGCAGCGCGUGCUCCUCUUGUCGGAUUUCCUUUUUCCUCUCAGGGUUUUUAUUCUUCAGCUCUGAGGCUCCGCUCCUGUUGUGGAUUAUUGCUGCGGCUCUGAGUGAGACAUGGAGGAGUCCAGCUCUCAGAAGUUUGCCUGGGACGGGGACGCCAAAGCGGUGCAGCAGUGUCUCACGGACAUCUUCACCAGCGUCUUCACCACGUGCGACAUCCCGGAGAACGCCAUCUUCGGCCCGUGCGUCCUGAGCCACACGUCGCUGUACGACAGCAUCGCGUUUGUGGCGCUCAAGUCCACCGAUAAACGGACGGCGCCCUACAUCUUCAGGGUGGACACCUCGGCUGCCAACAGCACCUCCGAGGGUCUGAUGUGGCUCCGGUUGGUCCAGUCGGCCCGGGACAAAGAGGAGCAGAACCUGGAGGCCUACGUGAAGAACGGUCAGCUCUUUUAUCGCUCACUGCGCCGCAUUGAGAAGGACGAGGAGCUGCUGGUCUGGUAUGGGAAGGACCUGAUUGACCUGCUGCUGCUCAGCUCCAGCAGAGCGCCGCUGAAGAGCAAAGGUUCGUCCCACCAUUCUUGUCCUGACUGUAGCCAGAGGUUCCAGUUCGAGUUCCCGUUCCUGGCCCAUCUGCGGUUUCGUUGCACCAAAAGACUUCAGAGCAUCACUGAGGUCGACAAGGAGCCGGGGAAAGAAAGCAGCUCGCAGCGGCCCAACAACACCCCAUCCAGGACCAGCCCUAAGCACGGCCGCUCCGAAGGCUUCUGCAGUCCGCACGACACCAACAAACCCUCCACGGACUUCCACAACCUGGCCCGGGAUCUGGAGAACAGCAGGAAAAGCCCGCCGAGCGACAAGGAGGCUGAGAUCUGCAGCGAGAGUUCAGGGAAGAGAAAGUUCUCAGAUGUGGAAGACCGAGAGUGUCGAGGCUCGGGCCUUCCACCGUCCAAGUCUAAGGAUGAGCUUGCAACUUCAGCGCAGAACUACAGAGGAGUUUACGGCCUGGAGGAGAACCACAGGUCCUUCUCCCCGCCGGGCUCCACGGAGCCUGGGGAAGCCAAGCGCAGCGCCUUCACAGAGGUCAAGAAGUCAUCCCAGAACCUCAAGCACCACAGUGGCAACAAAAACCUCCAGAGCUCCAACUCUGAAAACAAAGAUGGAGGUCGCCUGAGCAGCAACCCUCCAGAGAAGCACCUGAACAUCCGGCAGGUGCUUUCAGAGACACAGCCGCCCCAAACCUCGCCCAUGGGCAGCGCUUUUACCUCCGUCGGUCAGCAGGGUAGUGGAUCGGAGAGGAAGAGCGCCUUCAGCCAACCAUCUCGCACCUUCUCACAGAUCUCCCCACUGGUGAUGCCCCCCAAGCUGCUGGACUGCCACCCAGCUGUGGGCGACACCAUCUCCUCCAACAGACUCUAUCAGGCUGACCACCUCGCUGCCAAGCUGCAGGGGGCUGAGCUUGGCGCCAACUGCCCAGUUCCCGGAGGCAUCGGGAAGCAGAACCCUUUUGUGUACGCCACCGCCUUCUGGCCGAAGAACUCGGGACCCAUCCAGCUCCAGAUGCCCUCGGCCCUCACGCUGCUGCCCCCCUCCUUCACCUCCCUUUGCCUGCCGGCCCAGAACUGGUGUGCCAAGUGCAACGCCUCCUUCCGUAUGACCUCAGACUUGGUUUACCACAUGAGAUCCCACCACAAAAAAGAGUACGCCAUGGAGCCUCUGGUCAAGCGGCGACGCGAGGAGAAGCUCAAGUGUCCCAUAUGCAACGAGUCCUUCCGGGAGCGGCACCACCUGUCACGUCACAUGACCUCCCAUAACUGACUUCGGUGGAAGCAGGGACCCCCCCUAAACCUCUCCAGCACCCGUGCACUUGUCUCCACUUCGGAUUUGAACUUUUUCUUUUGGUCUGUUUACGUUUCCUGUACAAACGUCACGCUUGAGUGUGAGCAAAAGCAUUUUGACAAAAGCAAAAUACAAAAAAACAAACUGAAAACUAUUUAUGAAGCACCUAAAGUUUGAGAAUAAGUGAAGAUUUGUGUAAAUGUACAGUAAGUGGUAUUUUAUAUGAAUUCAGAUAUCCAGAUGAGUGACAGACGUAGGCACGCAUCGACACCGCCUGGUUUUUUUCUCAUGUUUACGAUGAAUAUGGACUCAAAUUGGGGAUUUUAUGUCAGACUAUAUUUCAGAGUGCAUGUAAUAUUAAAGAAUAUUGGUUUAAGAUGCAGUCUAUACGUUGAAAUACAAAGUGUAAUAUUUUGUGUCAGUGGGGAAUAGUUUCAGUGUUUCUUCCUUUUGCAAAGAUUUACUACUUGAUAGUUUAUCUGAUCAUGUUGAAUGCAUUGACAAUAAAAUAGCUUUAUUUUCAACUCUG